AUGUCAAAUCUGAUCCUCGAUCUACAGAGUAAAUGGCAAAAGUGUAAUCGAGUUCGCGGAUUAGCCUUAACUAAAGAAAAAUUCCAGUUUGUGUUCAUACAUGAACACGAUCUUCAGGAAAUUCUUGAUAAAGGCAUGCAGACUUAUGACGACUGGGGUCUCGCCAUUGAACGAUGGAUUGAGAAGCCUCCGCCUGGAUACUUCCAAUUCGUGUCAAUUUGGGUUAGGAUCAGUAACAUCCCACUCAAUCACUACACCAAAAGAGCUAUUUCCGAUAUGGGGGAUCUCAUCGGCCAUGUAGAAGAGGUGGUCUUCGAUCCAGAUAAACCACAAAGACAAGAUUAUCUUCCUCAAACGCAUCAGGUUCUUUCUGAGAAUGAUCCUCUAUUCAGGAAUUUGAAGGAAGAUCAAGUUGGAAUCAAUCCGUUAUCUGGUCGUCCCUGUAUUGCUUCUGAGGUUCUUGAAGAAAUGCGUAACUAUCUCCUUGCUUCAAGCGCUGAAGACAGACAAGUUUGCGGACAGAGAGUAAUCUCUUCAGUUAAAGAAGCAUAG